AUGGGUAUCACAUCAUCAACAGAACAGAGAGGAAGUAAUGAUCAACAGAGAGGCAGAUCAUCGAGUACUUCGUCGGCAAGUUCAUUGCCAACAGCCAAUGUAAACAUAAGCAGCAAUAAUAGGCAACAACAACAGCAACAACAGCAGCAACAGCCUCCACAGAACAAACAAUCUACUACAUCAAUUGGCAAGCAUACGACUUCCUCAUCGAUGCCCGCUGGUCCAAAGAUAACAGAUCCACAGAUCUAUUCUCAGUCCUAUCAACCAAACACCAAACAAUCCUAUGGUCAAUCAUCACGCUAUCAACCAGGUACAACACCUGCUGCAUUGGACUUUAGUGUAUUAAUGUCACCUCCAUCAUCACCUCUGGCAAACUCUAUGGGUAUACCUAAUAGUCAAGAAGCAGUGCCUACAGUAUUCACAUGGAGUGGAGGCGGCAAAGAGGUGUAUAUCGCAGGAUCGUUCAACAAUUGGAAGGAGAAGAUACCAUUGUCGCACAGUGAGAAGGACUUCACAUUGAUAUACAAUCUGCCGCCAGGCGUUCAUCAGUACAAGUUCAUCGUCGAUGGCAAGUGGGUGCAUUCAUCCGAGCAGCCAGUGGCCGCCGACACCAAAGGCAACCUAAUCAACUUUGUCGAGGUCAAGUCGAAGGACCUGUCCAGUGAGCUAAGUUCAUUCAAGAUGUCAUCAACACCUCCUGGAUCAUAUACCAAGAGCAUACCGGCGGAGGAGUUCCAGAAGCUCCCUCCACCUUCGUUGCCUCCACAUCUUAGACGAGCACUGCUAAACACACAACCAUCGACUGAGGACCCAACUCUUCUGCCACUUCCUCAUCAUGUCAUGCUCAAUCACCUUUACUCACUGCCGCGCAAGGACAAGGUCACCAUCCUAGGCGUCACCAAUCGUUACAAGACCAAAUUCGUCACGACCGUACUCUACAAGCCAGUGCACGAGUCCAACGAAAAGGACGAACUGGACAACUUGAACUGA